AACGGAACUCCAGCCUCUCUAUUUAAGUUGGCUUCUUCUUGUCUUCUCUUCUUUCUCAAUGAAACUCCAUCCAUCCCUUCCUUUCCCUCCACAACCUUUCUGGGAUUUUAAUUCUUUGCUUGCUUCUUGUUCUUGGUCUUCUGCCUUUGUUCAUUGAUUGGCUGUUUGGAGGGCUGGGUCUUUUUUGUUUUUUUUGGAGGACUGGGCUUUUACAGGUGCAACCAUGGGAGAGGUCUCAGUGCUGGCCGAGGAGGAACGCAUGGACUUGGCCCCCGGCUUUAGAUUUCAUCCCACAGAUGAAGAGAUCAUAACUCACUACCUCUUAGAGAAGGUUAUGAAUCCUAGUUUCAUUGCAAGAGCCGUAGGAGAGGUGGAUUUGAACAAGUGUGAGCCUUGGGAUCUUCCGAGCAGGGCUAAGAUGGGAGAGAAGGAAUGGUACUUCUUCUGUCAGAAGGACAGGAAGUACCCUACAGGCGUGAGGACAAAUAGGGCCACAGAAGCCGGGUAUUGGAAGGCCACAGGAAAGGAUAAGGAGAUCUAUAGAGGGAAAGGGAUCCUUGUGGGGAUGAAGAAGACGCUUGUUUUCUACAGGGGAAGAGCUCCCAAAGGAGAGAAGACCAACUGGGUCAUGCAUGAAUUCAGACUUGAAGGCAGGACCCAAUACCAUAAUCUCCAGAGAACUUCAAAGGAUGAAUGGGUUGUGUGCAGGGUGUUCCAUAAGAACAUAGGAAUCAAGAGAAGCUCGAUGGCAGAGCUUGUGAGGAGGAACUCAUUUGGAGAUGGUAUUAUGGACUCUCUCAUCGAUCCUUCCUACUUCAGUUCUAACAACAGGCCUAGUUCGAGCUAUGUCACUGCUGGAGAUGGUGGCAGUUUUAGAGGGAUUUCUACGAGCAACAAUUUGAUGCCUUCCAACCUCACCAUGUUGGGUUUAGAGGAUCCACAAUACAACAGUCUCAUGACUAAUGGCUUCCCUAAUACCUACAACCAAGAGAGCACACCGAUUAACUUCCCAAGAAUUCCUCCUCAAGAUCCCCAUGUCUUGCUUCCAGGAUCAUCCAACUUGGGCUACUUGCACCAGGAGCAAGCCAUCACAAAAACUCUAUCUGGGGCUAAUGAUGUAUCAAAUGGUUUAAAGGGUACUUGCAAGGUAGAGCAGUUGUCAAAUUCAGUGGCCUCACAGGACACUGGAUUGAGCCAUGAUAUGAACACCGAGACAUCCUCAGCCAUAUCCAAGCAUGAGAUGGAGGGCUACCGGUUCUACGAUCUCGAUGGUUUACUCGCUGCUGGACCAGUUCAAGAUUUGGACAGUCUGUUGAAGUACUGAUGAUUCUAGAUUUGUGUUCAUUCCGAGGCCACUCAUGUCUAUUUUUCAUAGAAGAGCUUGUGUUUCAGAUAUUCUUACUUAGAUUUGGACAAUCUGUAUGGAAGCAGCGAAGAUUCUUGAUUUGGUCCAGUUCAUUUAUGUGAUAGUUACCCUUGUUGAAUAUUGCUUCAAUAAUUUGGGCUCAUUCUGAGGCUACUCAUGUCUUUUUUUCACAAAACAGCUUGUGUUUCAGAUAUUCUUGCUGUA